UUACCAAGCUCAGUCUGAGUCGGUUGGUCGGAAGAAUCACGUCGCGUAUCAGUACACUCGUUUCAGAAUGGAUCGCUGGGUAGGAAAGGUAGCUGUAGUGACCGGUUCCAGCUCGGGAAUUGGCGCUGCUAUCGCUAAGGAUUUGGCCAAGGCUGGCAUGGUGGUUGUGGGCUUGGCACGGCGGGUGGAACGUACCGAAGCGUUAAAGGAGGAAUUGCCGGAAUCGGCAAGAGAUCGGCUUCAUGCGGUCAAGUGUGAUGUGUCCAAGGAGGAAGAAAUACUGAAGAGUUUCAAGUGGGUCGAGGAGAAGUUCGGAGGAGUUGACGUGAUGAUCAACAACGCCGGAAUCGUUCGCCAGACGGAACUGCUCGAAGUGGGGAAUACGGAAAUGCUGCGGGAAGUGCUGGAUACGAACGUGGUGGGACUGGUGUUGUGCAGUCGGGAAGCUUAUCAAUCGAUGAAAAAGCGUUCGGUCGAUGGUCACAUCAUUCAUAUCAACAGCGUUGCCGGACACAAAGUGAUCAAUUCACCUAAAAUGAAUAUUUAUACUGGUUCGAAGCAUGCCGUGACGGCCAUCACGGAAACGAUGAUGAACGAACUGAGGAACGCCGGAACGAAGAUCAAGGUUACGAGCAUCAGUCCCGGAGUUGUAGAAACAGAAAUCAUCCCGGAAGCCAUGCGCAACGGAAAAUUCCCAAUGCUGGAAGCCGAGGACAUUUCGGAAGCUGUGCUGUACGCCCUAGGAACACCUCCACGAGUUCAGAUCCAAGAACUGACGAUCAAACCGGUUGGGGAAGCUUUCUAAAUGUUUCUUGUAUGCAUACACUCAAUGUGGUUUAAUAAGUUGUAUUGGAUUAAACAAAAACGCAUUGUGUUUCCGCAAUGUGGAACAAAUGUUAUAA